ACUAGUCAGUAACUUUAUGAUUGGAAAAGGAAUUCUAGACUUGGGGGUUGAAAACAGAUCAUUGGUUUCAAGAUUUGCUGCAAAUGCCACUUUUCUUUAGGGGGGGCGGGGGUUGGAUUUCUGGAACCUUCUUCCUCUUCCUCCUCACCCGGUUUUCUGCUUUUCCUUCCCUACCCCAAACCAGUCGGCAACCACAUGCCGAGCCAUCACCAGGCCCUACCCCCCCUCUCACCGAGCCUGUGCCCCUAAACCCCGCUGUGCGAACCAACCACCCCCCCUCUCUGCGCGAAUCAGCUCCCUCUCCCCUCUGCACCGAAUCAGCCUGCUCUUCCCUCUGCACCGAACCAGCCUCCACCCUCCUCUGCACCAAUCUCCUGCUUCCUCUCCCCUCUGCAUCAACCCCUAGCUUUGCACCGCGCCAGCCUAGAUCUACCACAGAUCCCCUGCCUUGCACCCGAGCUUUGCUCUUGCGCUUGACCGUGCCUCUGCUGCCAGAUAUCUCCUCUGCGCCCAGAUCUUGUGCAAUCAUGCACUCCUGCACCCCCUGCACUCAUUACCCCUUUGUUUGCUUCCUGCUUCGCUACGCCCGUCACCCCACCUCUUCCCCGAACCAAUUGCCAGCCGAUCCUGCACUCAUUACCCGCCUGUGCCCCUGUUGCAGCCCGAUCCUUUGUGCCGCUGCAACCUAACCCAAUCUUGUUCCUGCUCUGAUCGUCUGUUCUCCUUGGCACCUUGUCUCAUUCUGCAAGUGUAAAUUGUUGGAACUGAGAGGAUUCGGGAGGGGUGGUGAAGGUGGUGAACAGAGCUUGAUCCCGUGGGUCGGAUCCAUCUGUUUGGAUCUUGAUCCGUUUCUUUCCUGAAUUCUCCGCUGUAAAUUUUACAUUUUCUUCCUUUUGAUGUUUUGUGCUGUUUAGUGAUUGAAAUGCUGAAAUUUAUAUGUAUCUGUUGAGAAAUGAAUGGUAGAUUUACUAGUAUGAAAUGAAUAUUUGUUGUAUUUGAAAUGGAAUGCAUGUUUUCUGCAA